UUUAUCCUGAUUUGUGGUUCAUGGUGAUCAGGGGCUUAUGAGAUGCUGGCCACUGUCUGUCAGUGUGGAUGUCUAUUGUCUUACCACUCGCUGUAAUUUCAGUCUCAAAAAUGUUUUGGAAAUGCUUGCAGCUGUCCAGAAAGAAAGAAAGCAGUACUGAUGUGUGUGCAAAUAGGGCUUCUCCGCUAUUGACUUAGAGACAUGAAAGGGAUCAUUAUUCAUGGUUAAGAAAAAAAAUGGGAAUAAAGACCCACCGCAAUCUGGAAAAAUUGUGUAAACCUUUUUGGUCUCCUUACUUUCCUUGGCGAGUGAAGCGAGCAUGCAAGUGGAGUGUAGUGAGGUGAAAAUAUAUGAGAAAUGCAAGAUAUAAAGAUCACUGUGAGAUAUCGCGUGAGAGGCUUCUGUAAACGCGCAUGGCAUCCUCCAAACCAGCACUCUAGUAUAUUUAAUGCAUUUAUGAGUUACUAAACUUAUUGCGUGUCGUCUGUGGCUUUCCCAAAAACUCCCAUUUGAUUUCUUAUGCCGACCCCACAAUAUAUCAAAACCGCAGUUGGGAAAAUCAUAAUGCAGAAGGUCGACUGUAGUGCUUUACUUUUAUUUAGCUGGUUCUAUACUAAUCUAUACUAAUCCUUACUUGGUUCUAUACUAAUCCUUACUGCAGAUUAUAAGUAGUGCUACUUUUGUUGUAUAUAAUCUUUUACUUAGCACAGUAAAUUCAGGGUUUCAGCCUAAGUAUAUUGAAGUUACUUCUGUCAUGGCACACAGACCAGGUAACAGUGCCCUAUGGUCACAUGUUCAGAACUGGCAUGCAUUAAGCUGCCAUUUAGGAUCAGUUUUGAACCCAUCAGCCAUUGCCAGUGACUCGCACCAUGCCCAGCUGCCGUGAUGUGCGUGGUCCAGUGUGUCCAGUGUUUGUGCCUGAAUCAGCGACUGGUCUAAAUGUGCUCACGUGUUCCUCUGAGGUCUCGCUGCAGAGAUCUCGCCACCACGGAAACCAUGCAGUGAUGGUUUCUUCAGCUGUGUUGUGCGAUACUCAGAUGGGAGGAACAUUUAUGAAAAGAGCUGUGGCCGGAGGGUUUGGUGACGGACACCAACACCCUGCUUCCCCUGUUGCUGAGAAAUACCCCUCCCUCAUCCUGGCUUCUCUUUUCGCUAACUGACUGUGGCACCCCUAAACCAGUGGGGCAGCCCUUUAACAAAGGUCAAAGGUCAUAAAGAAGUGGCUGUCUCUGGAAUAGCACCAUGCUAAAAUUUUCUAUUCGUUUUUUUUUUCUUGGAGAAAGCAGACUUCCUGUGACUACUUGAGUAUGACCAGUACAAGUUCUUUGGGUGUGCUUUGAAAUCCUAAACGGGAAGUUUCGUGUUUCAGAACUUCAGCAUGGUGUGCGGGUCCUUAACUACAUCAUACAUACUGCUAUAGUGGAUUGAGGAAAAAAGCCAUGGUCCAUGUGCCAUCUCUGCCCAACCUGGAUGUGCAUAAAACAAGCGAUGGGGUGGGAUGAAGACGUCAGUGGAGUCCUGUCCCUUCGUGCCAGUAGAUGAUAGCAGGUCCUUCCAGCCCCAGGCAAAGACCUUGCCCUCCCCCACCGUUGAUGCCAAGCAGCAGCUGCAGCGUAAGAUCCAGAAGAAGCAGCAGGAGCAGAAGCUGCACUCGCCGCUGCCGGGAGAUGGGCAAACCCCGACCCCAACCCAGGCUCGGAGGGCAGAGGCUGGCAUACCCUGCGUGGGGCCCAGCAUUUCCUGCGGAAGCCCCGCCCUGCUCUCCCCACAGCCAACCAUCGGCAUCGUUGUGGCUGCUGUUCCUAGUCCAAUCACGGGACCAAGGACCAAACAGCUGACCUCUCCCAGCCCCAUGGGUGCAGCAGAGAACAAAGUUGUGCCCAUGAACUUUCAUGUGGUUUCCCAGCCCAUCCAGCCAGUAAAGCAGACUGCCAAGGCGUCCUCGAGUGUUUCCGGCAGCCCUGUGUGUGAGCGCAUUCCAAACCGCUCCCGCUAUCCCCAGAUCCUCCCCAAGCCCUCUGCCGCCAGUGCCCUGACGCUGCGCUCCCCCCCGACGCUGCUUAUCACCAACAGCCCCAUUAAAACUGUGGUGCCCACGUCACACGUGGCCCCCGUCAAUGUGGUGAAGAUGACGGCCAUAUCCCUGCCGGCCAGCAGCGGCCCUGGCGGAACAACCUUGCGGCCUGUUUUGACGGGUGUGACCAGCACCGGGCUGGUGGAAGAGCAGCGCCAGCCCCUGCAGACCCACAACAGCAGCCAGCAGAGCCCCUUACGGUCCCCUGUCGCAACAAAGACUGCAUGUUUGCCCACUGCCGCCACCUCCAGCACCAGUGUCAAGAUGGAGCUUGAAGCCAUAACUGAUGAUAACCGGGCCCCUAUUGCCGAACAGCUGAACACAACUCAGGAAGCAGCCGGUGAUCCGGAGGGUGUGAGGGGUGCUAAGCGAAGGGCUGCCAGUGAACCCACACCCUACAGCAAGGGAGCUCUGGGGCCUGAUGGGGCAGGCAGAACCUCAUGUGGUGAAAAGUUUCCCUUCAGUGCCAACACUGCGGCAGCUUCUGCCAGCAGCAAUACCAACAGUAACAAAAGCGAAAAUGCUUUAUAUCUAACGAUCUCAAGCCAGAACACCACCAUUGCUCUGUCGUCCCACCCCAACACCACUGCCACGUCACCCAAGGAGAGCUCUUUAGGGUCCAGGAGUCUGAGGAAGCGCUCGGGUGCUGGUUUGGAAUCAAUGCCAGUAAAAAAAGUGUUUAUUACCCAGCACCCUGCGAGUGGUGCCGAAAGCCCCAGUGAUGCAUCAAAGAUGGCCCCCCAGCCAGGGACCCCCGCCAGGCCUGAAAGUGCACCAGCAACAACCACUUGUAAAGUGACUGUGAAACUGAACUCCACUGUACCGACUCGAAUUCUCGCUCGCUCUGAUUCGCCCCUUGGAAAUCCCAGCAUCUUCCAGACUGUUGCAAAACUGCAGGCCAGCCCGCAGCUGAGAGGGGAAGGGCUGCCUUCGAAGAGCGAGGACAGUGGCCUUACUCCCAGAGCCAUUGCCUGCACCUCCAGUCAAGCACUGUUGAAAGAAAUUGCCAGUAGUUCAUCAGCCAUGCAAACCAGUUUGGCCUUAACAGACACCUCCAUCAUGGAUGAGUUGAAGAACCCCAUUUGGGAAGAAGGACGGCUGGGUUGUCUUCAGCAGCAGGCUUUUGUGCAUCAGAUGCUGGACCAUAGGUCUACACCAGUGAUGGGUCAGCUGCCCAUGGAGCCCCAGGCCCCUCCCUCAAAUGAACUGACACUCCACCCGGAUGUUGAAUUUACUGGGCACCAGCCCAGUGUGGAUUAUUUCCCAUUCAAUGAUGAUGACAUGACCCAGGACAGCAUUGUGGAAGAGCUAGUACAGAUGGAGGAGCAGAUGAAGCUGAACAGCCUGCGGUCGUAUGGCAGCUGUGUCGAUGCAUCUCUGCAGAGCCAGUCAGCAGCAGGGCCGGGUCCUGUCCUGUCCUGUCAUCAGACGGACGUUGCUUUUUAUCACUCUCUUCACAGCAGCACCACUCCCACCCUCACACCUACACCGACUCCUACGUCGGAGAUGAUGGCAGCGGGGCCUGGCUUGACCCGGGAGAGCCCUUGUUCUCGGCUGGCACCCGCCACUCCCGUGGAUGGGGCUCUGGGCAGUAAUCGGCACACCCCUGUCAGCACCCCACACUCGAACUGCAGCACUAGUGUCCCCCCAAGUCCAGUGGAUUCCUGUCGGAAUCCCUUCGCCUUCACACCCAUUAACUCCAGUAUUAUCGGCUACCACAAUGCCAGUAUCGUUUCAAGCAGUCCACGCAAGCCAAUGCAGAGGCCCACGGCUACUCACCCCGACAAGGCCAAGCUGGAGUGGAUCAAUAACGGGUAUAACAGUGAUGGAGGUACCUCAGCCAUCUCCAACAAUGGCAUCAGCAUCCUCUCAAACUACCAGAACUUGGUGGAGGACCAGUUCCGUAAACCGCACGCCUUUGCCAUCCCUGGCCAGUCACAUCAAUCACAAGCCAGGCAUGAUACCAACUUUGGCCGUCUGACACCUGUUUCCCCGGUUCAGCAACAGGCCACGGUUGUGACAAAGGAGGAAGGCUUCGCAGUUCCUGCUCCUCUGGAUAACAAAGUCAUGGUGUCAUCAGCCGGUGGCACCUUCCGCUGUCGAAGUGUGAGCCCGGCGGUACGGCAGCGGAAUCUGAGCGGGAGCACGGUCCACACCAGCAUCUCUGGCUCCAUGCUCUCCCAGUUCAACUCACCUGUGACCCCUGAGGUGCUCAACAUUUUUGCUAACAGCUGCCCAAACAUGGACAGUAGUAACAUGGCCCAGAGGAGCCAGUCGGUCCCACUUAAUGUGAUGAUGCAGACUGAGAUGCUGCCAGUGCAGACCACUAACAACAGCACGAAGAUCACAAGCGUGCUGCUGAGCAAGAUGGAUCCUGAUGGCGAUGAUGCUGUCCGGGGUUUGGGUGUCAACAACAUGCCUUCCAACUAUACAGCCCGUAUGAACCUCACCCAGAUCCUGGAGACCACCAGCACUUUCCAAGGUGGCACUGGCCAUCAGAGCCUCCUCAACACGAAUGCCAACCACAAUCCCAGCCAGUUCCAGAAGCCUAGUUACCUCAUGAAGAACGCCAGGAACGAACAGAUGAGCUUAUACUCCAGAGGUAGCCAGGCACAAGUGAGUCCUGAAGAGCAGCAACCAGAACUGCAACAGGGGCAGCCUCUGCAAAAUGAGCAAACCCAGCUAGAGGCCACAUCUGAAAGCCAGCAGCCUCUGGAUUUUGACAGCACUGUCAAGGACCUUCUAGGGGAUGAUGCAUUGAACCCUGGUUCCCAGCUGACGGGGCAGAUGGUCUCUGAACUCACUUCUGUGGCAUCUGAUUUCUCUAGUGAUAUCAGAUUGACCUCUGAACUCUCCAGUAGCAUCAAUGACCUGGACACUAAUUUACUUUUUGACCCCAGUCAGCAGCAGGGACAGUAUGAAGAUUCUACACUGGAGGAACUGAAAAACGAUCCCCUUUUUCAGCAGAUCUGCACUGAGAACUCUGUUAACUUUGAUUGGCUGGAGAGUAAAGACCAACACACAGUGGAAAUGUUGGGUUGAUGCUUGGUUUAUUUUAUUUUUAGGUCUUUUUUUGUUUUUCCUGAUCUUUGGUAACAGUUAUAGAGCACACUGCAACAACACUCUGCACACCAGUGAGACACAACAGCCAGAUCUCAGAUUGUUGUUCUGAUCAGUGAAUGACAUUGCUGUCCUGGAGAUAUGUUGCAGGAGUUAAGUGCAGUUUCCCACUCCUUUUUCACUUUCUUAUUUCUUUCUAUUCUUUCCACCUUGGAAGGAACCGUAUGUCUCUGCAGUAUUUUAAACAAAUCUUCAAGCUGGUCAGACUGUUACUCGGACGUCUGACGUAUCGGUGAGUUGCAGAAGCAUCAGACAGAACCCAGUGGCUCUAACUGAGGGAGCGACUUAAACUGAAACCUCAUAUAGGGGAAACGGAAUCAGUUUUUACAUAUGUUAAAACCAUAGCUUCUCUCGUUGCGUCAGUUUCUCGGUUGAAAGGCUGCCAUCAGAAUGCAGGAAGACCCUCCCUCGCUAGAGUUCUCACAUCCGUGCAGAAGAGAGAAAAAAGCUUGGUGCUUCACGGGAGGAGCAUAUCAAAAUAAGUGACAAUAUUGUGUGGUGGCUUAGUCAUAGGUAGUUUGUUGUAACAUUACUGUGUUUUCAAAAGGGAAGAGCUUGUUUCCCCCUCCUAAACAUUUGGGAAUCUGCUGUGAGGCCCUGUAGGUGAUAGAUGCCUUCUGUGGAGCCAUGACUGCAGACUCUGCAGACCUAAAGGUCGAGGGUCACAUGCGGUGUUGGGUGUGCAAGCCGAAACCUCCACAAGUCUCAGUGAUAGACGGUGGCUAGAAUCUGCAAUGAGAUGCAGGCUGCUUGUUUUAUGCGUGUUAACUGAAUGGUUAACUAGGGAAGGAAUUUCUGUGACUUCACGUCGGUGUACCUGGUGUGAGGAAUACAGCUUAGUGUUUUUUUUUUAUUUUAGUUUUUUUUUUUAUAUAAAAAUGCAAAUGCUAUACAUACUAUUUGGGGAAUCAAAGUGUGUUCAGUAGCCCAGCUUGUAAACAAGUGGUUUGGCUGUUGUACGAUAGAAAAAAAUAUUAGAUGUUGCCCACUUGGCACCAGAGAGGCUUUAUGGAGGCCAAAGCACAUGCUGUCUAUGACGGAGGUAAUUGGGGAUAAGCAAUGUAAAAUGUCCUCUCCUUCUUUGGUGGACAGUUAAUUUCUUGAUGACUUUGUAUCUAUGCAGGUCUGUGUGACAGAUGAAAGCCCCUCUAAUUCCUGUCAGAUGGUGGCUUUAUGGGUCUUGAAUGUUUAUCUUCAGCGUUUUACCGCAUGAUCCAUUGGUCUAAGUUAUUACAGAAUGGUCUGUAAGAAUAAAAUUCCAGAUCUAUGUAGAGAUUAUUGCAAAAUUAUAAAGGUUGCAAAAAGGUUUAUGGUACAGAAUGUGUCCCGGGUCUACAUGGGUGUGAAAGGCAAUAGAAUUCAGAGAAAUCAGUUGGUGUUACAUAAACAUUUCAUGUUCGGGGGGGCAGUUGGCUGAAAUUCAGAGCAAACAGACAAUCCACUGCUUUUCUGAUCCAUCAAUCAGCUCAUUUCAAGGAGCCUGUUUUUCCAUUAUUUUUUUUUCCUUUUUUAAAAAGGAAACCAAGUUAAUGAUACAAAAGUGAAACAUUUCGGAUGAGGGCAGCAUCGGUCGUAGUGCUGCCCAGUCGACCCUCAGCUUCUUUAGCCCGCAGUCAGUCUUGCGAUUGGUUGCACAGUUGCUUGUCUCAUGCAUGGGUGGCACCGUGUAGAGUAGGCGGUUUUGGUGUAAAGAGCAGAAGCUCACAUUUUGAGAUUCCAGUUACUUUGGCCAAAGCGGGGGGAGGGGGGAUCUGUGAAAUGGGACUAGGUGCUCUGAGUCCUGCGGUCGCAUGGGGUCGGCAGUGGACAGAUGCUGCCUUAGUGGCAUUUAAUGAGAAUCAGCCUUAUGUUGUUACCAAAGAAAAGCUGUUCAAGUCAGCAUGACAAAAUGAAAUUUUGUUAAUUACAUUGACCCUCCCACCCAAAAUGCAUGUUUUAAGGUUUGCAGGUUUCUAAACCUUUGAUAGGCACGGUUGUGGUGGAGACUUCACUGUGUCAGAGGAAGGGGAGGCAGGACGGUUUGACUCUGUGGGGCUGAGAUGGUUAAGCAUGACAGCUCCUCUGUAGCACUGGGAACCAGGAUUUUAUAGGCAAGCUGACAAGCCCACACUACUCUUAUGGUUUAUGAAAACAUGUAGCAAGACAGACGUUGCGCAAAUUUUGUCGACUGUUGCUUUAAUUCGUGCUAUUCCUUGUUGAAGCUCUCUUUGUAAAUACCACUGGUAAGAAAAUCCAGUCUUGCAGGACACUGUGGCGUUAUGAAGUCGUCUGCAUUCAGAAUCAUCUGUGCACCUUCCAAAAAUAUUACUCUGUCGAAUGAGCUGGGUGACUCGCUCCUGGCUUUUUUGCACCUUUACUUGGAAAUGUCCUCCCUCCACCCACCCCCCAAAAUCCUGUAAAAAUAUGUCUUCUGCCCCAAUAUCAGGGCUGUGCUCUGGACUGAAGACAAUAGCCUGACAACUGUGGAAAGAAGCAGCUUUAGGUCAGAUUAGGCUGCACAUCUUUCUGUGCUGGAGUGUGGCAGCAGACACUGGAAAAUCACUUCAGAUCUAAUUGAGCUUCAAGAGGUUCACACUAUUGCACUAAACUUUUUAAUGAACCAGGGCAUCAUUUUUUAGGACAAAUGCAACAACUGAAGCCCGCAGAAAAAGUAUUUUUUAUAACAAGCUUAAAAAAUUUGAAAAUGACGUUUAUAUAUCUUGUGUAGCAAUGUGCUUUAAUCUCAGUGAGAUAAGUCCUUCACUCGUUCUCAUACAUGAGAAUAUAAACUCGAUUUAAAAUUUUUAAAAAAUAAGGUAUUAGACAUUUCCUUAACCGUGUUGAUAAAUAAUUAUUGAUGUGCAUGUAUGUCCGUUCUCUUGUACAGAAUAUUGUUUGUAACCACUUUCUUUGCCUGUAAUGAGUGGUUCUGUCAACCACAAAGGUAUAGCUAACUCAAAAAAAUCUGUUCUUUGAUGUUUACUAAUAUCAGUUCUUGUUCUGUUAAUGCCUAUUUGCUUUUUAGUGUUUUAAUGAAAAGGAUGUUUUUAUGGCAAAGUUCAAGGUAUUUUUUUUCCUGGAGAAACCAUUAAAUAAGCACUGAUGUCUGGACUAUGAAGAAAAUACUCUGUUUGUGCUACUCCUAUGCUGUCCGACUCUGACCCGCUAGUACCUCCACACAGCCCUUCCAUUUGACAUGUAGAACUUCACACCAUGUUGUCAGUGUUGUCGGGGAUACAGCAGACCGUAGUCUGGUGAUUUUUUCAAUGGCAUUUCAGCAAUGUUUCUCUUUGAUUUCUUUUUUUUUUUUUUAACGGCAAGUGCUCACAGAUGUUGAGAUUUUUAAAAGUGGUUUUAAAAACCAAUAAAUUUUUUAAAAUAA